AUGGAGACCCUGGGAGAAGCUCACCUCUGCUUUCCACAGCUGAACUCCUCCUGCGAGAAGCCGACACAUCCCCACACUGAGACCAUGCUGAUUUAUGUCCUGCUGUCUUCCAUCUCUCUGAUCACUGUCGCUCUCAACCUGCUGGUCAUCAUCUCCAUCUCCCACUUCAGGCAGCUGCACAGCCCCACCAACCUCCUCAUCCUCUCCCUGGCUGUCUCAGACCUCCUCGUGGGCCUCCUGCUGAUGCCGGUUGAAAUAAUCUACAUAGAGGACUGCUGGUUUCUCGGUGACGUCCUGUGCACACUGUAUUAUCUUGUAGACUACAUUAUUACAACCGCAUCAGUAGCCAAUAUGGUGCUCAUAUCAGUGGACCGCUAUAUAGCUAUUUGUGACCCACUGCAUUACCCCACCAAAGUCACCAAGAGAAGAGCACAACACUGUGUUUGCUUGUGUUGGAUCUGGUCUGUUAUCUUUAGGAUCAUCCUGUUACAUGAUCACCUGGAAAAACCAGGCCGGUCUAACUCCUGUUUUGGGGAGUGUGUGGUUGUCAUUAAUUAUACUGCAGGAGUUGUUGACCUUGUUUUCACUUUUAUUAUACCCAUUUUUGUCAUCAUAGUUCUGUACAUGAGAGUAUUCAUGGUGGCCGUGUCUCAGGCUCGAGCCAUGCGGUCUCACGUCGCGGCUUCAACCCAACGAGCCGUAACUGUGAAGAAAAAGGAGAUGAAAGCAGCUAGAACUCUUGGUUUUGUUAUCCUCGUUUUCUUGUGUUGUUUCUGCCCCUACUAUUAUCCCACACUGGCAGGCGAAGACACUUCAAUUGAUGCUUCUUCUGCUUCAUUUGAGAUCUGGCUGGCACAUUUUAACUCCUGUUUGAACCCUGUCAUCUACGCCUUUUUCUACUCAUGGUUCAGAAAAUCCAUUAAACUCAUCCUCACGCUUCAGAUUUUGAAGCCUGGCUCCUGUGAUGCUAAUAUACUAUAG